UGAGAUAUCAGUCCUUUAAACAUGACAUUUAUCUCGUUCCAUUACUGGACGGGGAGCAUAAGGAACGUUUCACAAGACAAGAUGGAGGUCUUUUAUUAGGAUCACCAUUAGCUGUUGCAAAACUAGCAGCUACUCUUCCUGGGGUACACACAAAACAUGAAACCUGACAUAAUACAUAUCAAUAGACAAGAACACCACUACAUAAAUGUAGGGAGUGUUGUCUCGUCAUGGAUCGCAUUUAUUUUGGGAGGUCGUAAAAUAUGACCUGUUCAUUCGACAGAAAAAACGAUUGUUUCAGUAGAAAAUAAAACAUGUUUGGUUACUUUUUCCUCAACUUGUUUCUAUUACAUUCUAGCAAGUCAAGGUAACUUACAGAGCAGCUAGCUCGCUAAGAGCUAGGCUGUUUGCUAGCGACCUCCUAAUAAUUAUACUAAAAAAUGAACGUCAAUGAACGGUAAGCAACAGUCUUAACAGCCUACGUGUAUUUUGAACAUAUUAAAAUAGUACUUAUAUGAAUGGGUAAUUGUUUACAAGUUGCUAACUAUCCCAUAAACCCAUCGUCGGAAACCACAUGUUUUCAUCGUCAGUGGUUUGGUAACUUAUUCGACGGACUCUGGCCGGACUGAAGAAGACGCAGAGUUUGAAAAAAUUCAAACGGAGCGGUUUUUAUUUAACUAGGCAAGUCAGUUAAGAACAAAUUCGUAUUUACAAUGACGGCCUACCGGGGAACAGUGGGCCUUGUUCAGGGGCAGACCUAAAUAUUAUUUACCUUGUCACCUCUAGGAUUCGAUCCCACAACCUUUAGACGGAGCAAUGCCGUCAGAUCUUGCCAAGAAGAAGGCAGCGAAGAAGAAGGAAGCUGCGAAGUCCCGCCAGGCGGGUACCAAGAAAACGGAUGAGUUUAAUGGGGAGAACGACCAGCCAGAGAGCCAGGAAAAUGGAGCAGACAGCAAUGGGGUGGCUAGCCUGACUAAGGAGCUGGAUGAGUUUGAGCUGAAGAAGCUGGAUGCGCGGGCGGUGACAGGGGUGCUGGCGUCCCACCCCAACAGCACCGACGUGCACAUUGCCAGCCUGUCGCUCACCUUCCACGGUCAGGAGCUGCUGACCGACACCAGCCUAGAGCUCAACUCGGGACGGCGUUACGGCCUCCUCGGCCUCAACGGCACAGGAAAGUCCAUGUUGUUAUCAGCCAUCGGCCAUCGUGAGAUCCCCAUCCCCGAGCACAUAGACAUCUACCACCUGACCAGGGAAAUGGCCCCCAGUGACAAGACGGCCCUGCAGUGUGUGAUGGAGGUGGACGAGGAGCGGAUCCAGCUGGAGAAGGAGGCAGAGCGGCUGGCAGCCGAGGACUCUGAAUGUGAGAAGCUGAUGGAGCUGUAUGAGCGUCUGGAAGAGCUGGAUGCAGACAAGGCGGAGGUGCGAGCCUCCAGGAUCCUCCACGGCCUAGGCUUCAGCGCCGCCAUGCAGCAGAAGAAGCUCAAGGACUUCAGCGGAGGCUGGAGGAUGCGUGUGGCUUUGGCCAGAGCUCUGUUCAUCAAGCCCUUCAUGUUGCUGCUGGACGAGCCCACCAACCACCUGGACCUAGAUGCCUGUGUAUGGCUGGAGGAGGAGCUCGCAUCGUUCAGGCGAAUCCUUGUGCUCAUCUCCCACUCUCAAGACUUCCUAAACGGAGUUUGCACCAACAUCAUCCACCUGCACCAGAAGAAGCUCAAGUACUUCACGGGUAACUAUGACCAGUAUGUGAAGACCAGGGAGGAGCUGGAAGAGAACCAGAUGAAACGCUUCAACUGGGAACAGGACCAGAUCUCACACAUGAAGAAUUACAUUGCCAGGUUUGGUCACGGCUCGGCCAAGCUGGCACGACAGGCGCAGAGCAAAGAGAAGACGCUGCAGAAGAUGGUGGCCUCAGGGCUGACUGAACGUGUGGUGGAUGACAAGACACUGUCGUUUUAUUUUCCUUCCUGUGGAAAGAUCCCCCCUCCUGUUAUCAUGGUUCAGAACGUUAGUUUCAAAUACAGUGACAACCAGCCACACAUAUACAAGAACCUGGAGUUUGGCAUUGACCUGGACACACGAGUGGCUCUGGUGGGGCCCAACGGAGCAGGGAAGUCCACACUCCUCAAACUCCUGAUGGGAGAGCUGCUCCCCACUGACGGCAUGAUCAGGAAACAUUCUCACGUGAAGAUUGGCCGAUAUCACCAGCAUCUGACAGAGCAGCUGGAGCUGGACCUGUCUCCUCUGGAGUACAUGAUGAAGUGCUACCCAGAGAUCAAGGAGAAGGAGGAGAUGAGGAAGAUCAUCGGCCGCUACGGCCUCACAGGAAAACAACAGGUGAGUCCGAUCAGGAACCUGUCGGAUGGCCAGAAGUGCCGGGUGUGCUUCGCCUGGCUGGCCUGGCAGAACCCCCACAUGCUCUUCCUGGACGAGCCCACCAAUCACCUGGACAUCGAGACCAUUGACGCCCUGGCUGAUGCCAUCAAUGACUACGAGGGUGGCAUGAUGCUGGUCAGCCACGACUUCAGACUCAUCCAGCAGGUGGCUGAGGAGAUCUGGGUAUGUGAGAAGCAAACCAUCACCAAAUGGAAUAGGGACAUCCUGGCAUACAAGGAACACUUGAAAUCGAAGAUUGACAAGCAAGCGCAUGACAUCUAGAGACCCUGCAAUCUGAGCCAGUAAACCCAAUCACCAUAAUGGAUUUGGCCUCCAAAGUGCUCAAUGUUCCGGGGGGGGAGGGCGGGGGAGUUUCCUCCAGGUACAGAUCUAGGAUCAGCUUCCCUCCUCAAAUCCUAAACAUUAGUGGGGAAAAUGCUAAACUGACCCAAAGUCAGCCUCUAAGGGCAACUUCACCCUACACCCACCCGCCUCCAGCUCAGGCUGCACUCUGAUUGGCUGAUUCACCUGAAGCAUCUCAAAGUGCAUUAUGGAACGCAUUCCAUAUCACUGCCGUCAUCAUAGAAAAAGUUAUUUUUUCUAAUAAGUGUAACAGCCAAAAAUGAAUGCAGCAGCUUGGAAGGUCAUUUGUGCAGAAGAGCAUUAAUUAUGCCUUUAUUUUUAUUUAACGUAUUGCAAUAACAAUUUGUCUGAAUAAAUUACUGAAUUGAC